UGGGCCCACUGUGUACCGCCUCCUGUCUCUGCUGCUGCCAGGCCAACGUUAAUGACAUUGCCAUGGGCCCCCGUACCCGACAUCCUCAUAUCGGCUGCUGCCAGCCGUAAUUCUGUCAUGGGCCCCGUACCGCCUCCUCAUGCUGCUGCCGGUCCAUGUAGUGUGUCUCCCGAUGGGUCCCGCCAUGUACGGCCUGCCCUAGUGCUGCAUCGUGUAUGUUCCAUCGCUACACUCUGCCAUGUGCCACUUUCAGGUCUCCUCACACUGCUGGUGGAUUCCAUUUUGUCAUAGGGUGCUGUAUGGCCUCCCAGUUUGCUGCUGCCUUCCACCGUCCACACACUGUGGCUCCACACUGUGGUUGUUUUGGCCCCGUGACUGCCCAAAUGAGUGAAGUGUGCGGUGAUUGCUAAGAUCGACGGCACUCAUCUGCAUGUCAUACUGACUGACGCAGGUUAUCUUAUUUCUCUUCCCCAGCAGACUCCAAGGGCGCAGUUGUAAAUUAAAAAGGUACAGUGUUCUGCACUAAUAUAA